AUGGCGACAGCCGUCCACCAUGCCGUGACCAUGCCGUCGAAUUUCGGAAACGCCAACCAGUGCUUCGAUCCGGACACAGAUUCGCUCUUCGACUUCAGCCAGUUGCCCUCGCCCACACCCCCCACCAUCUCGAGACAGCCCUCGAGUGCGCAAUCCGCCAUUACCAGCCCAGCCAACACAGUCCUCGACGGCGACGACAUGCAGACGCCCGCGAAACCCAGCCACGAGUACGAGCGCUUCAAGCAGCAAACCGGCCUCCCGACCGGCUCCAUCGCUGGCAUCAACCCCUCCUACAGCACGGGCUACUCCAUGUACUCGUCCACAGGCAUCGACGAAAUGAGCUUGAUGGGCGAAUCUUCCAUGAUGGGAGGCUGGAACAGUGGACUCGCCAUGGACAUGGACCUCUCCAUGUCGUCGCAACCCGCCUUCUUCUACCCGUCCAAUGAUGCGUCGCAGUCGUCCGACUUCGUGGACCCCAGCGCUAUCACGCAAGAGGAGGUGCAGAACGUCCGGGUGUGGCCCGGCAUGCACCAGCAGCAAGCCCAGCAGCAGGCACUGGCAAAGGCCCAAGCACAGGCCCAGCAACAAAGGGCUCAGCAGCUGAUGCAGCAAAGGCAACAGCAAGCUGGCCAGCAACAGAGCCGCCAACAGCACUCCCGGAAUACCUCAAGCAGCCCGUUGAGCGAUGCGCGAACCGAAGAGACGAUCGCUCGUGUCGUGAACCAGAUUCGCCAGCAGAGUCAGAACAAUGCUCUUGCCGGCGCCAACGGCCAGAACGAUCUCCUGCCUCACAUUAUUCGUGCGAAGAAAGACGAAGAGGACAUGGACGAGGACGAGCGACUGCUUGCCUCCGAGGAAGGCAAGAAGCUGAGCUCCAAGGAGCGCCGACAGCUUCGCAACAAGGUUUCUGCUCGCGCUUUCCGAUCGCGCAGGAAGGAGUACAUUGGCCAGCUCGAAGGCGAGAUUGGCGCAAAGACCAACGAGUGCAACGAGCUUCGCACUCAGAACCGUGCUCUUAUGGAGGAGAAUGCUCGGUCCAGGGCGUUCAUUGAGCGUCUCCUACGUCACCAGGCAUUCACUCCCUUCCUCGAGGAGCUCUCUCGCGACGAGGGCCUCGAGGCAAAGCCAGCGAUGCAAACACUGUCUGGUUCAACCACGCCUACCCCAGCUCCCGUUCGCCAAAACCAGCAGUUCGGCGCCAUGUCGCAACCCCAGGUCGGCAUGACCCUUGUGCCUGAGGCGCCUCUCGACAUGUCCAUGCUCAACCUCAACUCAAACAGCUGGGCCAUUAACAACGGUAGCUCCUCGUUCAGCUACCAGCAACCGCAGGUCUUUGCUGUGACUGAGCUUCCCGCCGGCCCUACCAACCCCCUCGACAUGGACGUCAUCUCUGGCAAGGGUUACAGCUCCAUCUUCGCUGCCGAGGACGAUGCCUCCGACAAGCAAGCCAAGGCCGACUACCCCGUUGUUGAGCGGGCCAUGCCCGCUGUGAAGCCCUCCGUGGUUGAGGCCGAGCAGGAUGAAGACCCGGAGUUUGACCUCUACAACUCUGCCCCUGUUUCCACCUCUACCGCUACUGCCCACACCGUCGACGAGCACGAGUCUCUCUUCGGUGACAUAACCUCCGAGAAGGUUUUUGCGCACUUCCAGCUCCAAAUCUCCGACGAGGUUGCCGAUGAGCUCAAGAUGGCCCGCUUUCAGAGACACGCUCGCUCCGCCAAAGACCAGUCCAAGUUACACCUUCUAUUCAAACUCUCGACGAGACACGACAACGGCACCGAGCCUGUCCGCGGAUUUGCGCCCGACCGACCCGUGGGGCCGCCGGAAUCUGGUGCGCGACUGCGAGUCUACGAACAGCCUCCAGCACCCCCCACACCGCGGACCAGCUUUCUGAAGAGCCUAGGACUCUCCGAUGACACUCAUUUCCACGCGCCCGGAUUGCCAGCUCUUCUAGAGCCCCUCAGACCACCGCGACGAGACAACAGAAUACCGCAGCCAGAUUCGCACGACGGCGCGCCCAUCGUUCGUCGCGACUCCAGCAAGAUGGCCUCCACGGUCCAGAUGAUAACGUCGCCCACCGCCGACACACCGGGUACGACGCUUAUACUGCAGACGCAGAAACAACACUACAUCUUUGGCACCCAUGCAGAGGGUACACAGCGGGCAAUGGUCGAACAAGGCUUGCGCAUGACCAAAGUCCAGAACUUCUUCAUGACGGGCAAGAUGGACUGGCACAACGCAGGUGGACUGAUUGGCAUGACGCUGACGCUGGCUGAUUCAGCGACGACUGCCUACGACACCGUCAUGGAGCUUCAUCGCAAGAGCAAGAACGCCAAAAGGCUUGCCGAGCCUCCACGGCCCAAGAUAAACGUGUACGGCCCGCCCAACUUGAAGCACGCGCUGAACACCUGCCGCCGCUACAUCUUCCGAAAAGGAAUCCCGGUGAUUGCAACCGAGUACAAGGAAGUGCCGCCACGCAAGGAUGACCAAGGCGCUAUCUUGCCGUCGUGGCAAGACGAAGCAAUCCAGGUCUGGGCUUUGUGCGUGUCUCCUGCACGGAGAGACACAGACCCGCACCGUGAACGGCAGUUGGCUCAGCUGCAGGAGGGCUUCGAACAAUUAAACAGCUUCGAGGAACAUCGUGCACCCGAGAACGAGUCUGCUGACGAGAGAGAGGCAAGAUAUGAUCGCAUCAGAUCAGCCGUCUUGAAUAUGAUGUUCAACUCAAAGUGGAACCUGGACACAUUGGUGGAGCGCCAUAUCUCAGAAGUCGAGCCACCUGCUGCGAUAUUUGUUCGCAAUCCAGAGACCAACCGCAUCGAACAAUACCGUGGGCCAAAGCCUGGUAGUGGAGAGCCUCUCCCAGACAUCACAGUUCUCACAAGGACUCCAUGGCCAGGUGCUACUGUGAACAAUCUUCCCCCUACCACACCCAAGCAAGAGUCGCUUUCGUACAUUGUGCGCUCGCAACCAACACGGGGCACAUUUGAUCCAAAACGCGCAAAAGAGCUUGGUCUAAAAUCUGGACCACAGUUUGGUAAGCUGAGCAAGGGCCAAAGCGUAGAGAACGACAAGGGAGAAACCAUUACCCCGGAUAUGGUCAUUGGACCGGACAAACCAGGGAACGGUUUCGCUAUUUUGGAUGUUCCUUCCGUCGAUUAUCUGGAAACCUUACUUCAGAGAGAAGAGUUAGCGUCGGAGGCUGUUAUGAAAGACAUCAAGAUCAUCUACUGGGUUCUUGGACCCGGUGUUUCUGGGCAUCCUUCUUUGCAGCAGUUCAUGGAACGUUUCAGUCAACUGGAACACGUCGUUUCGUCGGUGGACGAUUGCGCGAACCGUCUUUCCUUCGAUUCCGUCGCAGCUCAGACCAUCCGUCUUUCAGCCAUCGACCCCGCCCGAUACCGUGUUCCCCAGCACGACCUCAAGACUCUUCCGCAGCGAAGCCUCUACGGUCUAGGAUCGCCCGGCAGGAUCAACAGUCUCCCAAAUGUCACACCAGCCGAAAGGGGGAUGAAACAUUCUCUGAUGCCGAACUUCAAGCGGAAAGUCGAGGCAUUAACGGAUGACGAGCAAUUCCGUAGAAAAGAAGAACAAGAGACGCCUGGGGUGCUCGAGCUGGAAGUACGAGCCCAAAUGGAUGAAGAGGUUCUGAGAUUGGCGGAGGAGGCCCAGCAAGCGGUAACGGACGACCAUGAGGCGCUGGAUAGAUGGCGGAAGCUCGUCGCUCGGCCUGAUACCGAGGUGAUUACUCUUGGAACGGGUUCCGCCUGUCCUUCGAAAUACCGCAAUGUGUCUGCGACACUUGUGAGGGUACCAGGCGUCGGCAACUAUCUAUUCGAUGCCGGCGAAGGUACCAUGGGUCAGCUCCAGCGGGUCUUUGGCACAGACGAGCUGGUCGAUAUCCUCAGAAACCUCCGCAUGAUUUGGAUAAGCCAUCUUCACGCUGACCAUCACCUCGGCACUGCUUCGGUGAUCCGCGAAUGGUACAGGGCCAAGCACAACAGCGUCCCAAAGCAUGACCAUCCCUCAGACUCCGCCUCGCUUGCAGCCGAUGCCUCUUCAUACGGCCUCUCGCUCGUCUCCCACGAGGGCAUGAUCAAAUGGCUCAGCGAAUACUCCCUCGUGGAAGACUUUGGCUACAGCCGCAUCCUGCCCCUCGAGAUCUCGUCCGUCCGCCGCUUCGAAGAUACCGGCUCCCGCCUCACCUACACCUCAAUGACGGCCUCGGGCCAGCUCGGCCGGCGCAUCCUCCUCCACCCGCGCGACUACCCCGCCGUUCUCGGCCUCACCGACCUGCAAGCCUGCAAAGUCCAGCACUGCUACGGCGCCAUGGCCGUCUCCCUAACCUUCCCGCGGUCCCCUUCCGACCCGCCCUCCCUCAACCCCCUCAAGGUUUCCUACUCGGGCGACUGUCGCCCCGCGCACACCUUCACUCUCAUCGGGCGCAACUCCACGGUUCUCAUCCACGAAGCCACCUUCGACGACGAACUUCAGGGCGACGCCAUAGCCAAGAAACACUCGACGACGUCCGAGGCGCUGGCGAUUGGGGCCCAGAUGGAUGCCACCGCCGUCGUGCUCACGCACUUCUCCCAGCGCUACCAGAAGAUCCCCGUGCUGCAGACCGUGCAGGACGGCGAGGCCGACGACCUGCCCUCGAUGGACGACGCAGACGUGCAGCAGGACCCCGACGUGCCCGCCGCCGCUUCCGCGCUGCCCUCCGACUCGGCGCGCCCGCCGCCCUCGGCCGUCUCGUCGCGCCGCGAGAAGGUCAUCAAGGUCCACGCGCGCAACAUGAAGGUCGGCAUCGCGUUCGACUACAUGCGCGUCCAGAUCGGCGCGCUCGCGCAGAUGGAGAAGUUCAACGCGGCGCUGACCCGGCUGCUGGCCGCAGACGAAGAGGCCGAGGGGGUGCCCGUUGCGGAGACCGACGGCGAGCCUGUUGUCAACGGCAACGGGAAGAAGACGAGCGAGGACGAGGCGGGCGGGGGAAGGAAGAAGAAGAGCAGGCGGCACAACUAG